AUGGCUACCCUUUCUGCGACUUUGGCUGAGUCUGCAAAUCAUGGCAUUGACCUGAACGCCAACGCCUUUCUUCUGGUUCACGGUUGGACAGCCGGGGCACUCCUCCUGGAAUCUGCUGACAAGCUGCUGCCAGCCUGCCAAGCGUCCAAGACGGUGGCGGAGCUUGCAGGCGAAACCGGUGCGAAGCCAGGACCCCUGGCGAUCACCUUGCGAUGCUGCAGCGCACUGGGCUACCUGGACUUCGACCCUGUCUCAGGAGCUUACUCGGCUGCGGAUGGUACAGAGCUCCAGGAGCUUCUGUCCUGCCUGGAGCCUUCUUCUGCUACAAGCAAGGAGCUGAGGCGAGUUUACGCCGAGGCAAACCCUCCCUUUGCCAUACCAUCCGAUGCUUCGAAGCUUUGCUUGAACAUCUGGAAGGACAUCAGGCCCAGUUGGAAGGCGGCCAAGACCAAGACCUUAGGAAUUCUGCUGGAUGGUAUCGUGUUGGCACCUCUGCUCACCUCCCUGACUUACAACGCCAGGUGGAACGCACAGGGUCUAGAUAUGGGCCGUGAGAAGGCCUUCGACAACCUCGACUUUCGUGAGCUCGAUACCACUUCCUGCGAGGUGCUGCGGAACAUGUUCCAGGAGCUGGGAAUCGGCAGUGUUGAUUCCCAUGGCGCUGUGUCACUUUCCGCAAAGGGUCAGUUGGCCCUUCAACGAGUCUACUCCUACUACGUGCCUACUUCAUAUUCCCCAAUGCUGUCAAAAUUUCAUGAGAUUCUCUACUCAGAUCCUGGAUGGGGAUUUGCUGGGGACCUUGAUCCUGAUGACGGUGAGAUCCAUGUGGAGCGAACUCUGAACGUGGUGGGGAGCGGUGCACAGCACACGACAUUGUUCAAAGACUUGCUCGGUCACGUGCACAAGGUUUUCGACAAUGACAAGUUUGAGGCACAGCCCAAAUUUGUUAUCGACACCGGCUGCGGCGAUGGCCACCUCUUGCAUACCAUCUACACGCACGUGAGGGAUCGGACUGCUCGAGGGAAAGUCUUGGAGGAUCAUCCUCUGACGAUGAUCGGCGUCGAUUUUAAUGAGAAGUCACGUGUGGCAACCGCCUGCAACCUUGAGCAGCACAGCAUUCCACACCGAGUCAUUGCCGGUGAUAUCGGCAAGCCAGCCGCAUUGAUGACUCAGCUCAAGCGAAAGAAGGUGGAUCCGAACAAAGCCUUGCACGUUCGCUCUUUCUUAGACCAUGACCGACCAUACAUCGCAGCCAAAGCUCCUAUCCCGGAGAACAGCGCCACCGCUGCCUUUGCCCUGGCUGAGUUGGCGGAUUUUGUCCAUUUGGACAAAGAGGGUGCUCCGAUCCCUCCGCUGGAGCUGUUUGCAUCAUUGGUCGAGCACAUGGCUCGCUGGGCCGAUGCCUUGCAGGGUUCUUACGGAUUGUGCAUGCUUGAGGUUAUGCAGCUGGAUGUGCCAACCACCAAGCGCUUCAUGAAUGACUGCGUCUCCUUCCAUUUCGACAUUGUGCAAGGCCUGUCUCGCCAGUACAUGGUUUCCGCAGUCUCGUUUGCGAUGAGCUGCGCCAUGGCGGGGCUUUUCCCAACCGACUUCAAGACAGUUCAAGCGUACCCAGAGCAAGGCCGAUACUGUCGUAUGCUGAACCAGCACUUGGUUCGAAAGCCUUACGUGAUCCGCCUGGCCGAAGUCUCUGAUCUCCCAAGCCUGGAGUCCCUUGAAGAGAAGGCCUGGGCCCCAGAGCUUCGAGCUAAGCCCGAAGUGCUGAAAGGCCGGCUUCAGAAGGCACCUACUGGCAACUUCGUGUGCGAGGUAGAUGGGCAGGUGGUGGCAGUCUUGUACACACAGCGUGUGCCAGCUGUGAGCACUGUCGACUCUCAAAAAUUUAUGGAGCUUAGCGAUUCCCACGACCCCAAGGGCCGUGUACUGCAGCUGAUAGCAAUCAGUGCAGACCCAGAGGCGAAGGUCGUUGGAGUCGGGUCGGACCUGCGUUCCUUUGCGCUGCUUCUUGCCAAGUUGGAUCCCACCGUGGACACUGUGAUUGGGGUGACCCGUUGCAGCAACUACUCAGCCAACAACGGCUCCGACAUGGCAGGCUAUGUGGCAGGGCAUCUUCAGGGCAAGCAUGCCGACAAGACACUGGGCUUCCACACUGGCUAUGGAGCUCGGAUUGCACGGCCUGUUCCUGGCUUUCGGCCAGAAGACGCGGACAAUGGGGGCGUUGGAGUCUUGAUCCAGUAUGACGUCAAGAGCUGGACGGCAUCACAGGAGCUGACGAGCAGCACCGGUGAGCAGAAGGCGCCGAAGGCCCCAGAGCAGACAGCCACAGCGUUGGAUGUGCUCCGUGAGAUCUUGGCCGAGAUGAAGCAUCCCGUAAAAGACGAGGAGCUGGGCCUGGGCUUCUUCAACUUGGGCAUCGACUCAUUGGAGAUGGUACGAAUUCGUAACCAGCUGUCCUCAUGGGCCGGCCGAGAGCUUCCGGCCACCUUCCUGCUGGAUUUUCCAAGCGUUCAGGAAGCUGCAGCAGAACUGCAAAAGCAAAGCAAGCAAAAUGGCAAGGGUGAAAAGACGUCCGCAUUGGAGGUCAUCCGCGAGGUGAUGGCCGACAUGCAGCAUCCUUUGUCUGACGAUCAGCUCACCCAAGGCUUCUUCGUCUUGGGGAUCGAUUCAUUAGAGAUGAUCCGCAUCAAGAACAAGCUGAGCCAGUGGGUUGGAGAGGAGCUUCCUGCCACCAUCCUCCUGGAUUACCCCAGCGUGCGAGAAUUGGCCGCAGAAGUGGACAAGCUGGUCACAAAGAACGCCGGGACAGAAAGCGCAGAUGCUCCUGCUGAAGCCUCCAUCCUCGACAUGGAGUUGCUGAUCCAGGUGCAGGAGAAGAUCAAGAAGAGCUAUUCUCUACCACAGAACCAGAAGAAAAUCUCUGCUCUGGCUGCAAAGCAUGCCGACAAGGCUGCAUAUGCCAAGGCCAUAGAGGCUUUGGUAGCAGAAGUGGAGGGCCCUGUGCUCGUGAGCCUGGGUGUCAUCGAAGACUUGCAGCCCACGAGCCUCCAGAAGGGGCGUCGACUCCUUGCGACCAGCAUCAAAAGGCUCCGCAAGAAAGAGGACGUCGCCAAGAACGAGCAGGAGAUACUGGCCCUUCUGAAGCUGGGGGACUAA